UUCUCAUUCAUCAACGCCUUCCCCUCUCCCUCCCAGGCGCUCAGUGAAUGGGCCUCAACCGAUAUGCUCCAGUCGAUUCGGUUCCUCCCCCGCCUGGCGCAGCGCCCGAAUAUGGCGCGCCGCCCCGCGCAGGCCUUCUUCCCCCCCCUCGCCCAGAGCAUCCACUCCGCGGCCAACAACUCGGAUAACGAUGACUUCUCGGACUUCUCCACGCCCCCCCGCCCGGAGACGGUCAAGACCACCACCCCCACGCCGGCCGGCAUGCUGCAGGACCAGCAGCGCCUGCGUCAGCAGCUGGUGCACGAGUUCACCGGGUCCCCCUCGGCCACCGGGCACUCGGACGCCGUGUUCGACUAUGCCACCUCCGGGGCCGGCGGCCAGGCGAUCACCGGCACCCCGGAUGACGAUGAGUUCCGCGUGGUGUCGGUGUCCGAGCUGACCGGCGCCAACUUCUACCAGCACUAUGGCAUCGUGGCCCCGGAGCCCGACGCCGACACCGAUGACCCCAGCAUGGCCUCGGGCAAGUACCCCAUCAAUCUGGACCUGGUUGCCGGUCAGGCCCCCCCACGUCGCCAUGGCUACCUCGACCGGAGCAUGGGCGAGGAUAUCCAGGCCCGCGCGGAGAUCUUCAACGCCUUCAACCCGCUGUAUGGCUAUCACCCGGCCUUCCGCCAGCUGACCCCGCCGCAGCCGACGCAGAACCCCUUCGACCCGAUCAUCAACCGGAUUGUCCCCUCCCCGCCGUCGGAUGUCCGGCACUUCCCGAGCCCCGGCCAGCCGGGCUACCUGCCGGAAUUCAAGACCCUGCCGCAGUUCCUCGACGACCACCCGGCCAUGCGGCCCAUUCGGGCUCUGGACUCGACGGCCGCCAUUGAGGGCAACAAGUUCGAGCGCAGCGACGACCCGCCCGCGCUGUCUGGCACCCUUUACCGUGCCUUCCUCAACACUCGCAGCUUCAAUGUCGAUCGCCUGGCCGAGCUGAAGCAGGCUGCCGACCCGGUCACCGCCUUUGCUCAUGAGCUCCUCCUGACUGCUCAGGGCGACUCUUCCAUGGACCUGCCCAAGAUCAUUGAUGAGAUCACCACCUUCAUGCUUGCGCCCCGUGCGUCGCCCCUGACCAAGCGCCAGUUCUUCGGCUUCGUGGACUUCCUCCUGGCCCUUGUCGACAGUGCUCCCGCCCUCCUCCCCCGGGUUCAGCCCUGCCUGUCGCGUGCGUUCACCACCUUCGCCAACAAGCCGAAGGAUGUCCGCGCCCUGCGCGCUCACGUGGACACCCUCGCCCUCCGGAAUGAGAUCUUCGCGCUGCUGGUGGCCUCCAGCGACACCGUCGGAGCCAAGCACCUGGACUCGCUCAAGGCCCGUGGCUUCGCCGUCGGUCCCCUCUUCCACCUGGCCAAGACCCUGGACGAUCUGCUGAACAAUUCCAUUUGCGCGCCGCUCGUUCGCGCGGCCGAGAGCCUGGUCCAUGUGGAUGAGCUUGAUGCGGCUGCCGCCGACCGGGCCUCCACCGCCGACGGGUCUGCCGGGUCCGACCUCUCGGCCGACGAGGAGUACAUGGAUGAGACCCCGGUGGCGGCCUUCGGCCCCGGCCGGGGGAUCCCCCAGCCUGGGUUCCUGCCCCGGCCCGGGUCGUCCUUCUUCCAGCAGAAGCCCCUGCCGACUGGCCCGGGGUCGGCCGAUCCGGCCUCCCUGCCGAUGCAUGUCCACCUGCACGAUCUGCACCUGGCCCGGAGCCAGUCGGCCCUGUCGGCUCCGGAGCAGGUCCAGCGUCACCUGACCAUCUUCGAGACGGCGGUGGCCGGGCUGCUGGCCGAGCUCGGGGCCGCCGCGCCGCCGACCCUGCGUGUGGCCACCCUCGACCCGGACCGCAUGUUCCAGGAGGUCCUCGGCUACACCGACGGCCUGGCCAGCGGGGCGGCCGGUACCAUGUACAUCGACAGCCAGGGCUUCCUGCGCAACAUCGACCACCACAUUGUCCUGCAGCCCGGGUCCCCGGUGACCAGCCUGUCCAACCCGAACAAUGCCAAGACCGUCUGCCCGACCGACAUGGCGGAUCUCCAGGGCAACCCGGUCUACUUCGACCGGCAGUCGCGCCUGCGCUACCGCGAUGCCACCUUCUACAAUGUGGCCUACCACAACUUCCACCAGCUGGACAACAAGCUGACCGUGACCCCCUUCGAGCCGAUCCCCUUCCGCCAUGACGAGUUCGGCCGGGUUCUCGAUGGGUCGGGCCGGCCGCUGGCCGAGUCGGCCGGCGGCCCGGCGGCCAUUCGCCACGAUGCCCGGGGCUUUGGCUUCCUGCCGGAUGGCCGACUGGCCAGCAUCCCCUGGGGGCCCUUCACCGGGCCGGCCGGUGGGCACAUCCUGUACCCGGAGUUCCGGGAGGACUUCACCGGUGUCCUGGCCACCCCCUUCCGUAGCCUGCGCCUGAGCCUGGCCCAGCACAUGAAGGACCUGUCGGCGCCGGAGCUCUUCCUGGCGCCGGAUCUCCGGAGCUCGGCCAACCCCCAGCCCCAGCCCUUCGACCUGGGUGCCGGCCUGCGUGCGCUGGCCGGGGUCCUGCGCCAGGCGCGGCUCAUCCGCUCUUCGGAUGAGGAGCUUGGCCUGCUGCCGCGUGCGGACUUGAUCCCGGCCCCGCCGGGUGGCUAUUCGCCGACGGCCCUGCUUGAGGCCCAUGGUGUUGCCGGGCCUGAGGGGACCUUCCUCCCGGGGAUGCUGGCCGUGUCGGCCAUGCCCUUCACCCCGGCGCCGGAGCUGGCGCCGACCCUCUACACCGCCGGCAAUGCCAUGAUCGAUGCCAAUGGGCGCCUGCUGAGCUUCAAUGCCGACAAGCGCCUGGUGGAUGGGGCCGGUCGGCCGAUGUCCUUCAAUUCCGGCGGCCUGCAGGUGGACCACCAGGGGGCCGUGAUGUAUGGCUCGGCCACGGAUCUGGCCUUCGCCGUGGCCCCAGGCCGGCGGACCAUCACCAACCCCCGGGCUGGCGGGCCGUUUGUCCAGCACUCGCCCUUCGGACCGGAUGGCCGGCCGAUCUUCCCGGCUUCCGGCAACUCCCCGGCCCGCGAUCUGUAUGGUGCCCCGCUGCACCUGGACAAGGAGGGCCACCAGGUGGACAUGUCCUCCGGGCGCCCGGUUCGGGUGUUCUACAACAACGCCGGCAUCCGCUGCGACCCGGUCACCGGGCAGCCGAUGCUCUUCGCCAACCCGACCACCGGCAUGACUCGCGCCCAGCUGGAGGCCCAUGUGGAGGCCGGCGAGUCGCUCUUCCUGUCGGCCCCGCCGGCCGAGCUGGACAUCCUGCGCCAGGCGUCCAACCCCGGCGCCCCGGCGGUGGUCCUGCACCAUGGGUCCCCGGGCAGCCAGCCGAUCAUGCUGUCUCCGGCCGGGGAUCUGGCCACUCCGGCCGGCCGGCCGGCCCUCUUCACCAAGCAGGGCCUCCGCGCAUCGACCUUCCAGCCCCAUGCGCCGGGUCUCUUCCUGGCCGAUGGGUCGGAGGUCCAGAUCCUGGAUGAGCAGGAUCCCGCCACCCUGGCCGGUGACCUGCUGACCGGGCCGCUGGCUCCCUUCGUCACCGGGCCCUUCGCUGGCAAUGCCCCCGGGCAGAGCUUCUUCCUCUUCCAGGGGAGCAUCAUGAUCGAUGCCCAGGGCAACUUCCUCGGUCGCUCCGGUAGCCGGGCCUUCCUGACUGCCGGCUUCGACCUGCUGAAUGAGGCCGGCCAGCUGAGUGCCUCGGCCCUGCAGGAUCUCUCGCCGGAGGUGUGCCCGGAGCUUGGUGGGCCGGUUGUGCCGCCUGCCUUCGAUGCUCCGCGCGAGGCGGUCCGCUCCAACCCGCUGCUCUUCCGCCAUGUGGCCGCCGCCGCCAGCUGGGCCCAUGCUCAGGCUGCCGGUGCCCCGGGGCCGGCGCUGCACACCUCCUCCGAGCUGCCGAGCCUCGGCCGCCAGGAGGGCCUCCUGCGCAAUGUCUUCGACCUGCUCCUCUUCGAGGGCCGUCAGGGCAUUCCCAUCCCCACGAUGCCCCUGAACUCGUGAGCGCGCGCGCCCGCGCCCGCGCGCAUGGCUUCCCGGCUCUCUAUACACACAUGUGCACACAUGGGCGCAUUUACCCGCGUGCCCGCCCUGUGUUCUGCCUUUCUUUUCUCCGCCCGCCCCCUCUUCCCCCUUUCCCGUUGCUGUGUACCUUCCCCCCCCCCCCCCCCCC